AUGAAAGGUCAAGAAGGAGAGCAGAACAAACUCCUGACAGGAGGAGACUUCCUCAUGGCCUAUGAGACAGAGGAUCAUGAGACUCAAUACUGCUUUCCUGCCAUUAACUCAUCAUGUAUCAAGGGAAAACGCUCCACGCAUGAAUACAAUUUCAUGUACAUGUUCUUUUCCUUGUUGUCAGCAUUUACAGUGUUUCUGAAUCUGCUGGUGAUCAUCUCCAUCUCUCACUUCAAGAAGCUCCACACUCCAACCAACCUGCUCAUUCUCUCUCUGGCUGUGGCUGACCUGCUUGUUGGACUUAUUGUGAUACCUGUGGAGGGAAUCAAACUCAUUGAGACAUGUUGGUUUUUUGGAGACACUUACUGUGGACUGUUUAUAACAAUGAGUGGGUUGCUUCUCUCAGCAUCUCUCAGUAAUUUAAUUUUAAUUGCUGUUGAUCGAUAUAUGGCUGUUUGUCACCCUUUACUGUAUCCACAGAAAAUAACCACAAUCAAAACAUUAAUGAGCAUCUGUCUCUGCUGGUUUUGCUGUUCAAUUUACAAUUUUACCAUUGUAUUUAGUAACAGUUAUUUUGAUACCUUACACAGAACAGUGUGUUAUGGCAAGUGUAUUGUCAUGAUCAGUUCUGCUUGGAGUUUCACUGAUUUGACCUUAUCCUUUCUAUUUCCUUGUAUUGUGAUCUUCACUUUAUAUUUGAGGAUAUUCUGUGUUGCACAAAGGCAAGUGAAAGCUAUAAACUCUCUUUUAAAGGGUGGGAAAAAUGUCAUAGAGAAUUCAGCAAGGAGGAAAUCUGAGAGCAAGGCUGCUCUAACAUUAGGAUGCAUUGUUACAGUGUAUCUGUGUUGCUGGAUUCCAUACUAUAUCUUGUCCGUAACAGAACAAACAAUAAUCUCUUCCACUACAAUAUCAAUUCUAUCAUGGGCCUUGUAUAUGAACUCCAGUCUGAAUCCUCUUAUCUAUGCUUUAUUUUACCAUUGGUUUAAAAUAUCAAUUAAACACAUAUUAACUCUUACAAUAUUUCAGCCAGCAUCUUCUCUGCUGGAUAUUUUUACAGAUCAUUCAUAA